CAAGCGCAGGAGGGAGAGAGAAAAAGAGAGAGCACAGGAAAGCAAGAAAAAGAAGCUAGAGCUGAGAGAAAGAGAGAGUCGCAGGCAGAAGAGGGAGAAUGCGCGGUGUCUGGAUAACACUUACACGCUUGUAUCCAGGGCCUUUGUGAAUACACCAUGGGAUGCAUCGGCUCCAGGACACUGACGGGAGAUGGCGUGCCAGUCCAGAAGGAUGGGGAGCAGCAUGGACGUUCAGAAUUUUCAUGGGAAGGAAUCAAUCUGUCUAUGGAAGACACCACGUCAAUUCUGCCAAAGCUCAAGAGGAACUCAAAUGCUUACGGCAUCGGGGCUCUGGCUAACGCUUCUCUGUCAGGUGUGUCAGGUGUCAGUCGCACUAUGAAGGAGAGAGUGACCAAGCCCACAGCCAUGGCCCAGGGUCGUGUUGCUCACAUGAUUGAAUGGCAAAACUGGGGCAUGAGUACGGUGGGUCCCGGGGGCGUCCCCCUGCCCCGCAUCACUACCCAGGAGCGGGAAAAGGAGCGGCGGCUGGAGAGCGACGCCUACAGUGACCUUAGUGACGGAGAGAAGGAGGCUCGAUUCACUGCAGGUAUCCUGCAGCAGUUUGCGAUCUCAGAGGCUACACUCAUGGCCUGGGGAUCGAUGGAUGGAGAUAGCCGGUCGGGCUCAAACCAAGGCAGUGUGGCUCAUCUGAGCGAGAUCAACCAGGAAAGCAUCACCAGUCGAGAUCAGAUAUUGCACCACUCCUCAGCAGAGGUGUGGCCUCACACAUAUGUCUCCCAGGGCCACUACUGCCUCUCCUCCUCUGAUGCCUGGGAGCCAAUCAGCAACGAUCCCUCUGGCGUGGCGUCUCCCCCUGCUGGCUCCUACGUUAUGGGGACUGAUGGGUAUGACGGGCAGGCAGCGGCUCACUUUCUGUCGCAGCAACAGCAGCAGCAGUACACUCUCCAGCAGCAGAAUCAACUACAACAGCUGCAGCAGAUCCAUCAGAUCCAGCAUUACCAGCAACAGCAGCUUCUGCAGUAUCAGCAACAACAGUCGCUGGAGCAAAGGUUGCACAGUGCCAACCACUCUUUGCAAGCGACGCCCAACAGCACCAUCCACAGCCUGGUCCAUCCCGUUCACCCACCAUUGGUCGAUCUGUGGAACACGGGGCAGAUGGAGGCCUAUCAGACAGACGCUGGAAGCUACAUGGGUGUGGCGGCAAUGGUGGAGCCCAGCCUCUGUGUUCCUUCUGGAGAUGACAUGGGAACAGAACACUCCCCACUACUGGAGCAGCAGGAGGAGGAGGAGGAGGAGGAGGUCGUCAAGGAGGAAGAGAUAACAAUGUGCAUGGAGCCAGAGUUGGCCUCGUUGACUCCGCCCACGCAACAAGGGGAUGCCUCUGGUGGCAGUAGUCCGGGGCAACCGCCGGCAGAGCCAAUCACAGAGCGGAAGUCCUCCGAUGUCACCUCCAGCCUCAUUCAGAGGCUAGAGAAGGAAGAGGAAGAAGGGCAGGGGCCAGCUGCUUCCAUGGCAAACAACUGAGUACCUGGCUUGUCAAGAGACAAUUAUAAACUGACCUGGGAGUCAGCAAGGAAUGAGCGUAAUAAUACAAUAUAUAUCCAUUAAUCUGUUCCUUUUCAGGUAUCAAAAACAACUUUUUGGUUGCGAGAUGAAUUCUUCAGAAUGGUAAAAAACUGAUUUGGAGAUGGACUCAAAUGAGACAAAAGCUGAUGCAACAAAGGACACCUAUUUCUUUGUAAGCCUUACAUCCCAAAGGUAAUUGAAGAGAGGAGGGUGGAGAAACUGAAGAGGAGGAGGCUAAAAAGGAGGAGGAGCACUAACUGAAUGAGACAUUUUCAUCAGGAUAAUGAAACCACGUUGAGAUGAAGAGGAAGGGAAAGAAAACAUGCAUGCUUUUAUGAAGACAAACAAUUCGACCCUGUCAUCGUCGUAUAAUAAUAAUAAUAAUAAUGAUGAAGAAUCUACCAUAAUAACACAUUAUAAUAAGAAUAAUUUUGUAACAAAGCAAAAAAAAACAACAACAAAUCUAUGUAUAAGUGUAUGAUAAGAUAUAAUAGUUUUCCUAUGGGAGAACUAAUCUGUUUACAGCUGUUACUCAACAUAUUAGUGUUUAAUCUAAUUCAUUUCCCUGUUGCAUCCAACACAUUGUACACACGUGUAAUUAAAAUUAGGUUCAGAAAAUGUCAGCAUUUCAGUGAAAUGCAGAUUAUCCUUCUAAAAUAAAUUCUUCUAUGAUGUUGUGGCACCAGGAUGCCCGAGGCACAACCCAGGGACAGGCCUGUCCUGCUGACUGCACUCAUUAAACUGCACAGAUAAGGAUUGUACUGUAAGAUAGUGGGCUUCCUACGGUCUCUCUGUAUGCAUGUUUCUUCAGAGCACUAUGGAGUACUUGUACUAUAGAGCACUGUAUAGACUUUGCACUGAUCCAUAGUAUCCCAGGUGGGGCCACAGUGGGCCCGCAGUGAGUUUCAUUAGAGAGAAAUAAAGACAGAGCAGUAUAAGCAAAUCUCUUUUGCACUGAUGCAAUCCAACAGAUCAGAGGUUGCCUUUGGACUGUUGACGGUAGCCAGUUCCGACUCUGACAACCAAAACCGAGCCACUUGACAACACAAACCCUCAGCUGCUUUUCUUUUUUCUCCAUAGACCUAGUCACUACAAAACGAGGAUGCUAACUACUAUUUGAAUGUACUGGAAGACAGACAGCAGUACAUAAGUACAUUUUAUUUGUUAUGUCUCCUCAUGGUCCACAUGGGAAAGAGUCAAAUGCUUUCUUAAGAAACAAAGAUAAGUCUUUCAACAUGUGGGAG